CGAAGAAAGGGCAUAUAUGCGUGUGUAUGUAUGUUGUUGAGGUUUAUCCAAAACAAAACUAGAUGUGGAAAUUGGAAUAGCCAUAGCCAUAAGGCAGCACCCACCGUUGCACUGUUGACUAUGCUGCUAGCUCAACCCAUUUUCCUCUCUCGCAACUUUCCCACUCUCAACAACAACCACCGAAAUUCGAGAACUUCACUUCAACUUCACAACCCUCCUGAAGUAAGAGUUUCACCGCAAAGAACGCCAAUAAUAGCCUCUUCUGGUUGUUUUGGUUGCUUCGUGAAACCGCUUGAUGUCAGAACCAAAAAAGCCACGUUGGGUGCGUUUCUUAAGAAAAAAAAAGGUGGUGUCCAUAUUUGCCAUAGUUUGAAGGAAGAGAGUGAGGUUGGUGGGAAUAGCAAUAAUCCAAGAGACUGGACAACCUCCAUUUUGCUCUUUCUACUGUGGGCUGCGCUAAUGUACUAUGUUUUCUUUCUCACCCCAAACCAGACCCCGUCAAGGGACACAUAUUUCUUGAAAAAGCUCCUGAAUCUGAAAGGAGAUGAUGGUUUCAGAAUGAAUGAAGUGCUAGUAUCAUUGUGGUAUUUAAUGGGCUUGUGGCCGUUGGUAUAUAGCAUGCUCUUGCUUCCUACAGGAAGAAGCUCAAAAAAUAUUAUUCCUGUAUGGCCGUUCCUGAUACUUUCAUGUUUUGGUGGUGCAUAUGCUCUUUUUCCGUAUUUUGUACUUUGGAAACCGCCAGCUCCCCCUGUUGAAGAAACUCAGCUUAAAACAUGGCCUUUGAAUUUUCUGGAAUCAAAAGUAACUGCAACGAUAUCACUUGCUGCAGGGGUAGCCAUCAUAACUUAUGCUGGUCUAGCUGGACAAGAUGUGUGGAAAGAAUUUUACCAGUACUUCAGGGAAAGCAAAUUUAUCCAUAUUAUGUCCAUUGAUUUUAUUAUACUUUCCACAUUUGCACCAUUCUGGGUUUACAAUGAUAUGACAGCUCGAAAAAGGUCUGACAAAGGUUCUUGGCUUCUUCCCCUAUCAUUGAUACCAUUUUUAGGGCCUGGUUUAUACCUUCUCCUACGGCCAUCAUUAUCAACAGUGGCCAUUUCACAAACUCCUGUUGAGCCAGAGUAAAGUUCCAUGUGAUGACUGUCAACAAUACAAGUAUACACUUUCCAUGCUACAAAUUUGAAUUUGAUUUCAAGUUUGGUUCAGAAAGACAAUUUCAUUGUACAGAGUCCACAGCAUGGUGAGAGCAGCUUGCCACCCUACUCAAUAGUCCAUAAAAGUAUUGAGAUCCCUCAGCUUAUGCAUCAUCUGGGGAGAUGGAAAGAAAUUUCACAUUUACCAAGAUUUUUAUUAUUAGAUGAGACCCAGUUUCUAAGAAAAGAGCAUUAUUGCUUCUGUGACAUUAUUAGCCAAUCAUAAUCUAAGUCCUCAAGUAACUCUAGGAAAAAUUCCAUUUUAAGGUCCUUAGAAAUGCUUAUUUCAGCAACAAUAGAAGCAUAAAAGCUUUGCAAUCUGGCUAUUGCAUUCAAAGAUUAUGCAGUCCUUUUUAUUUUGGGCCAAGUGUUCCUAUUUAGGAAGUUAUAUUUUACACCACUUUUUUAUUAUUAUACUAAUUGCAUCCCCCUUUAUUUUUUUAA